CUAGAGAGAGGAGAGAGAGCAGCCGCAUGUCCUAGAGGAGAGAGAGAGGCGGCCACAAGCUUAGAGAAAAGGAAACCCUUUUCCUUUUCCUAGUAGAUGUAAUCUUUCCAUUUAUGUAUUUAGUAGUUAUCCUAAAUCUAGUAAGAUUACGAUUUGUACAAUUUCUAUUUAUCUCUUCUUGUAAUCCUUAUAUAAGGAACCUCAUAUUAUGAAAUAAUAACACAGAAAUAUUCAGCCUUUAACCUUCCAAUUACAACACUGAAAUGUAAUUUUGGAGCCAUAUAGUCAUGCAAGUAUAAAAAGUGUGAUGUUAUGUGGAUCAUACAGAACCACACUGGUCAGCCUCUGUUUCAUAGUCAAAGAUGCUUCUCGUUUCAUUUUCCUUUGAGUUUCUUGCUUAUUCUGCUAGCCAAUUAAAGAACACAUAGACUUGGAUGUUUGCACCGAGGGAUGGGAUCAAGGCAGAGGAUAUUAAAUCAUGGAUGGAGGAUUUUGGGAGCAUAAAGAAUGUUGCCAAGUAUGCUGCAAGGCUGGGACAAUCUUUCGGCUCUUCUAAAGAGACGCUCACUGUCAAAGCUGAUGAUGUUGAGCUGAUUCCUGAUGUGGAGAUCUUCUCUUCAGGGAAACGCUAUGUGUUUUCAGAUGGAAUUGGGAAAAUUUCUUCUGAGUUUGCUGAACUAGUGGCUAGGAAAUGCGAUAUUGAAGGAGUGUCUCCAUCUGCGUUUCAGAUUAGAUAUGGAGGGUACAAAGGAGUAGUCGCUAAGGAUCCAAACUCCUCAAAGAAACUGUCUUUGAGGAGUAGUAUGAGAAAGUUCCAUUCGGAUCACACAAAACUGGAUGUGUUGGCAUGGACCAAGGAACAACCUUGUUUUCUAAACAGACAAAUGAUAACACUUUUGUCCACUUUGGGGGUUAGUGACAGUGUUUUUGAAAAGAAACACAAGGAAGUUGUGGAUACGUUAGACUCCGUCUUAACUGACCCGAUGAAGAUUCUCUGUCUAAUGCCUCCAAGGGAGCAUACCAAAUUUCUCAAGGAUCUAGUCUCUUGUGGCAUUAAACUCUCAGAGCCCUUUCUAUCAAUGAUGCUUCACUACAUCAUAGAAUCAAAACUGGUGGAACCAUGUAGUAAGACCCGUAUAUGGAUUUCCAAGGGUAGAUCCAUGAUGGGUUGUAUGGAUGAAACGAAUACGCUAGAAUAUGAUGAGGUGUUCAUGUAGUGUUCAUAUCAGAGUCAAACACAAAAUAUAAGUCUCAAAUCAAUAUCUAGUUCCACAUCAAAUCCUACUAUCAUGCAAGAUUCCAAGUCGCCAAGAGAGCCAUCCAACAUAAUAGAAAAUGCUGUGUUCCGAAAAGUCCAUGCUUGCGUACGAGGAUUUCGUGUGCUUAAAGCUAUUGAGGUGACUGGUUUGGUUCAUAUGACCGAUUGCUAAG